GGAAAGUGCUCCGAGGUGGCAUCCCAACACAGAGUGAGGGAACCGGGCUCGUUGGUCCGACAGGCUUUGACCUUCUGAAAAACAAGAAUAAAAGUAGUGGUGCGGGUAAGACAGUGGAUCAGGCACGGCUUGGCCACCUGAAGCCGACAGAACAAGUAAGGACCGGUUGCGACACGAGGAAGAAGGCCCCUCGCCCAAGCCCGGCACUGUCUUUCACCGGUUUUCCCGUUCCCUAGCUGGGUAAAAGGCGACUCCUUGCAUCUCUUCCCGCGGGGGGCCGGGAACUGGGCAGUGAUGGCUGAGGUGAAGGUGAAGGUUCAGCCGCCCGACGCGGAUCCCGUCGAAAUAGAAAACAGGAUUAUAGAAUUAUGCCACCAGUUCCCUCAUGGAAUCACAGACCAAGUAAUUCAGAAUGAAAUGCCUCAUAUAGAAGCCCAGCAGCGGGCAGUGGCCAUCAAUAGACUGCUGUCCAUGGGCCAGUUGGAUCUCUUAAGGAGCAAUACAGGCCUUCUGUAUAGAAUAAAGGAUUCUCAGAAUGCUGGCCCUGUCUCAUUCUUUUUAAGUAAAAUGAAAGGAUCAGAUAACCAAGAAAAACUAGUAUAUCAAAUCAUAGAGGAUGCAGGAAAUAAAGGAAUAUGGAGCAGAGAUAUCCGAUACAAAAGUAACUUGCCAUUAACGGAAAUUAACAAAAUUCUAAAGAAUUUGGAAAGUAAAAAGCUUAUCAAAGCUGUUAAGUCUGUGGCAGCCUCAAAAAAGAAAGUAUAUAUGCUCUAUAACCUGCAACCAGACCGGUCUGUGACUGGUGGAGCCUGGUACAGUGAUCAGGAUUUUGAAUCAGAAUUUGUAGAGGUGCUUAACCAACAGUGUUUUAAAUUUCUACAAAGCAAGGCAGAAACAGCACGAGAAAGCAAACAGAAUCCAAUGAUACAACGGAAUAGUUCAUUUGCCUCAUCACAUGAAGUAUGGAAGUACAUCUGUGAAUUGGGUAUCAGUAAGGUAGAAUUGUCCAUGGAGGACAUUGAAACUAUCUUAAAUACACUCAUUUAUGAUGGGAAAGUGGAGAUGACUAUCAUUGCUGCAAAAGAAGGCACAGUUGGCAGUGUGGAUGGACACAUGAAACUGUAUAGAGCAGUUAAUCCGAUCAUCCCGCCCACGGGUUUGGUCCGGGCCCCCUGUGGACUCUGCCCAGUUUUUGAUGACUGCCAUGAAGGUGGUGAGAUUUCACCAUCGAACUGUAUUUAUAUGACAGAGUGGCUCGAAUUCUAAGAGAGCUAGGAAAUUUACUGACAUUUCGCAAAUGAAGUUACUUUGAGAGCAAAUAAUUUAUUCAUGAUGGAACAUCAAAAACCCUUGAAAGCAAACUUCACAAUAACGGAUAGACCAGCUGCUAUGAAAAAAUAUUUUUUAUCUAUGAAGACUAAAUUUAUAUUGGUAGAGUAGCCAAUGGAAUAUGAAGCAGGUAAGAUUAAUACUGAAAUCCAUUCUUCAGUAAAUACUUAGAACUUCUGGAAGACCACCUCCUUAAACCUUCAAGACUUUUGAUGGUUCGUGGAAAAAGAAGCCAAAAAUUCCAUAUUUGCCAAAUACUAUAAUGGCUAGACCUUAAAAAUGCCCCUUUUCAAGUUAGUUACUAAAGUCUUCAUUGGAAAUUUUUUAUAUUUAGUUCACUAUUGCCAUUUGUUUUCUCUUUCCUCGGUGGUUUCAUUGAGAAGGAAUUAAAAGUGGUGGGGCAGGAAUAGCACUUAGGGAAGAGUAGGGAAGACAGAGUGGAACAUCCCUUUUCCACACUAUUAAUUCUUUAUGUUAGAAAUUCUAUUUCAGAGAAUUAUGCAUUGGACUUACCUCAAAUGCAAAUGAUGACUAUUAUCAAGGAUUUUCAGUGCAUAGUUAUGAUUAUUCUCAUUCUAAAGAGAACAUUUUCACUAGUCCUUUGUUAAAGGCUUCUAAGUUUCACUCUGUGGUUCAACUGUAUUAUUUGCUAGAAUUGUCCCAUAAUCCAUUGCCCUCCAUUUAUACUUCAUUGUGAGCAGGGUACUAUUCUUUUCUUGUCCUGUUUUAGAUUUGUUUCCUUAUUCUCUUCUAAAGUCAUGCUGUAAUUGGUCUAAACUAAGCAGAAAGUUAUUAUAAUUGUUCUCAGUUCUAAUAGUACUUCCAGUCCUAAUCAUUAACCAUAGUAGGUUAUUUGGUGUACUAUUGCACAGAAGCUAGCUUUUUAGGAUCUCAGCUGUUGUAUUUUCAUUUUGUACUCCACUUAAUGAUUUCUGUGUCCAAGCCAAAAGUAUGGGACCAAGGGAAAGGAAUUCAAGGUCAGCCAUUCCUGAUGCCAGAGUUCAACCACCAGUUUGGAGAUACUACCAAUUUGGAGAUACUCCAAGUGAGCAGCCAUCAGAAGGGUAAUUUUGAGAUAAAUGGGAUCAAUAAAAUGAAAUUGAGCUCAGUAAUUGAACCAGAUGGAGUCUGUGGCCAGCUCUAUAAAAUAGCAUACAUUGACUCUAGCACUUUGAAACAAGGAUCAUUUAGAAGAUAUGGAAAAAUCUAGGAGCCUGAAACUACACAAGGUUUCUCUUCCACCCCCAAGGAAAGCUAGAAUAGUAAGAAUAUUACCUGUCCUUGGAACCUGGCCUGUCACAGAGGCGCUAGUCUGAUUUAAUAAGAAAACUGAACUUGGGGGAGAGGUAGAUGUGGGGGGAAGAAAGCAGUUCAUGUAUUAACUACAGAUUUUGUAUUAUGUCUUGAUAGCCAAAGAUUGAUUUUUGAAGCUUACAAUCAAAGGCUACAAUGGAAGUUCAUUGACUCACCAGAAUAAAGAGACCCUUUAAAUGCUU